UAUGCAAGAGCGUAAUUAAUUAAGAUAACAAGCUAGUUGAGCCAAACUUGGAUUCCUUUACCUCCAUCCACUGCCAUUGUUUCAAAGAUCCAAGCUGAUCUUGCUGAUCCCUAAAAUGGCCUUCUCUUUCUCGCUGUUCAUUCUCUUCCUUUCUAAUCUUCUCUGUCCAGCUAUCAGCCAAGAGAGCAACUCUGGCAGCCUACAGACAUAUAUAGUGCAUGUGCAACAGCCUCCAGGUGCUGCUACGCUCUUUUCCUUCAAAGAUAGGGAGAAAUGGUACAGGUCCUUCUUGUCCGCCGAAACAGCGGGCUUGCGCGAGUCUCGGAUGAUUUAUUCCUAUAGCAGUGUGAUCAGUGGGUUUGCUGCUAGACUUACAGAGGAAGAGCUUUCACAUAUGAAGAACAAAUCCGGGUUCACAGAUGCUUAUCUUGACCGGAUAUUGCCACUCCAAACUACGCACACCCCUAGCUUCUUAGGCCUCCACCGAGAUGCACCGGGCCUCUGGAAGGAUUCCAAUUAUGGCAGAGGUGUGAUAAUUGGAGUGCUAGAUACUGGAAUUGCAUCCAACCAUGCUUCGUUCAGUGAUGAAGGAAUGCCUUCUCCUCCUGCAAAAUGGGAGGGCUACUGCAAGUUCAAUGCCUCCAACUGCAACAACAAGCUCAUCGGUGCAAGGGAAUUUCUUACAGGAUCCAACGCCAUGCAGACCCCCACAGAUAGAAGGAAACUGCGAGGAUCGACGAACGACACCAAUGGACAUGGCACGCACACGGCCUCCACUGCAGCUGGCAUGUUCGUAAACAAUGCUAGCGUGAACGGUCUGGCCAAAGGCACAGCUUCUGGAGUGGCGCCCUACGCUCACCUUGCCAUCUAUAAGGUGUGUACGGGAGAUGGUAGUUGCGCCGAGUCCGACAUACUAGCGGGGAUGGAUGCCGCGGUGGAGGAUGGAGUCGAUCUGAUGUCGUUGUCCAUCGGUGGACCAUCCACUGCUUUCGACCGAGACAGUAUUGCUAUUGGUGCUUUUGGGGCAAUCCAGAAGGGCAUCCUUGUGAGCUGCGCGGCCGGAAAUGACGGGCCGGAGCACGGCACGCUGUCGAACGAGGCGCCAUGGAUCCUCACAGUCGGUGCAAGCACCAUGGAUCGGUUGAUUCAGACAACAGUGACACUCGGAGAUAACGAUGAAAUUAAUGGAGAAUCUGCUUACGAGCCUAACAACUUCAGCUCCACCCCGCUGCCUUUGAUCUAUCCUGGCAUCCUCGGAGGCCGUCAGGCUGGUUUCUGCGACAAUUCCUCUUUAGACGACAUCGAUGUACGGGGAAAGAUAGUUGUCUGUGAUGACGGCUGGAUCGAUGACGUGUCCAAGGGUGAAAUUGUGAAGAAUGCCGGAGGGCUCGGGAUGAUCGUUGCCAAUCUAAUGGUGGAAGGCUUCACCACCUUCAGCUAUACCCAUGUACUUCCAACAUCUCACGUUAGCUACUCCGAUGGACAGAGGAUCAAAGCAUACAUCAAUUCAGCUUCCGCUCCCAACGCAUCCAUCACCUUCAAGGGUACAGUGAUUGGAACAAAACCGGCUCCGGCUGUUGCUUACUUUUCUUCAAGAGGACCGAGUCAGGCCGACCCUAACAUCCUGAAGCCGGACGUCAUCGGUCCUGGGGUGAACGUUUUAGCUGCAUGGCCCUUCGAGGUCGGAGCCUCCGGCACCAGAGCCAGAUUCAACAUAAUCUCCGGCACCUCCAUGGCCACCCCACACCUCAGUGGCAUUGCAGCCCUGCUGAAGAGCAUGCACCCAGACUGGUCGCCGGCGGCGAUCAAGUCGGCAAUCAUGACGACGGCCGACUUGACUGCCAACGACGGCAAUCCGAUCACGGACGAGACAUCGAACCCUGCCGACUUCUUCGGAAUUGGGGCCGGCCAUGUGAACGUGUUGAAAGCCUCCGAUCCUGGUCUCGUUUAUGAUAUCAAGCCCGACGAUUAUUUAGCAUACCUCUGCGGUCUGCGGUACACCGAUCGGCAGGUGAGUAUCAUCGCUCGCCGUGCAGUCAGGUGUUCCAAUGUUGGGAGCAUGGCUGGCAAAGAUCUAAACUACCCUUCGUUCAUGGUGUUCUUGAAUGCCACCAACAACUAUAUGGUGGAGGUGACACGGACGGUGACGAAUGUUGGAGCGGCGAGCUCCACCUACACUGUGCAAAGCCGGACGUCGUCGAAAGGGGUGAAGGUGGACGUGAAGCCGAUGGUGCUCUCGUUUACGAAGGCUAACGAGAGGCUCCAGUACAACGUUACAUUCAGCAGUAGCGGCAUAAGCGGUGGCAAAUAUUUUCAAGGAUAUUUGAUGUGGAUUUCAUCUGAUAACAGUACAACGGUUGGAAGUCCAAUAGUGAUAGCCGUUGUGUGAAAACCCCAAAUGAAGCUGUUAUCUUGCCUGUAAUACAUGGUAUAAAAGAUAUGACCUUUGGAUCUACGCAAAAAUAUAGGCCUGGGUCACCUCCAGACCCACGCAAGUGCGGCUAAAUGCAUGGUUCUUAACUUCGUAUGCAGGUGUCCCUCAACUACAUGACAAGGUACCUAAAACACUAUUUGUUCUUCGUAUUCUUCCAUGCGAUCGAUAUAUGUGUCGGAUAAUGAAUA